AGAAAGAGGGAGAGAAGUUGGAGGAGAGAGUGAGAGACAGAUCCGGAGAGACAGUGAGCUGUGUGGACUGAGGAGUGCAAGUCGGUGGAGCCACAUAUGAAAUCACAGACUUCACUGCUUCAUCUCAUGACAUGUUAUAGUUCACAUCCAGCUUUGCAGGGUUGUUUUUUUUUUUUUGCAGGUUUCAUGUCGCUGCACGUUUUUGGACGCGCAGCCACAGGUUAAUCCAGCUAACUAUGGAUUAUUCCUCUUCAUCUCGAGUCGAUUGUCACUGACUGGGAUCGAAAUGGGCACCGUCGAGAGAUCAGCUGAGAGGGAAACAAGCUGAUCGUAUCAAGUAAGGAGAGGAGGAGGAGACGGAGGAAACAUCUGUGUGUUUGGAGGAGCGACGCACAAAUAUAGAGAGACGAGCUGAGGGACCUGUGGAGGGACCUGCAUGCAAGGAGGCGAAGCGUAAAGGAUGAUGGGAUGGAUGGCCGUGACAACAUGAAAAAGAAAAAGUGUGGAGGUCUAUUUUCAUCCAGCCAGUGAUUCAACACAACCCAACCUGGGGGACAGCAGGGACUGAGAGAGAGAAGAGGUAGGAGACAGGUGCGUGGCCACAGCCGUGACCACCAUGGAGCCUCCCCCCUCUCUGAGCAUGGCUCUGCUAGGAGGGAGCGAGGACGAGGACCAGCGCUUCCUCCUUCCCCUGGGCAGUAUAUCCCAUCCCUCCACCACUGGCAGCCAGCCAGGCUCAAACCAUUCCAACCACAUGGGAGGAUCGAGCCUCGACCGUCUAAAUGGCAGCACCCCGUCCCCAUCCUCCACCACGCCCAACUUGCCACCGACGUCGCUCCCCAAGUUGCCCCUUUCGUCCUCCGGAGCCCAGCCUCUGCCCCCGUCCAUCCCCAACGCCCUGCACCCCACCAGCACCCCGCUCUCCUCCUGCCUGGGCUCGCAGCACAGCCUGAGCGGGGACAACUCGCCGGUCUACAACGCCCUUUAUUACUCCUCCCACUCGCCCUCCAUGGAGCGGGAGCGGGACAGAGAGCGUGACAGGGACAGGGAGAGAGAGAGGGGAUGCAAACACAGACAGGCCAGCCCUCUGGUUCACCGCAGGGACAGUAACCCCUUCACGGAGAUCGCCAUGAGCUCCUGUAAGUACACAGGCGGGGUCAUGAAGCCCCUGAGCCGCCUCAGCGCCUCCCGCAGAAACCUCAUCGAAUCAGAGAGCGGCAGCGAAACCAAAGAGGGCGGCGUUUCAGCUGUUGCCGGGGCAACGGCAGCUGGGGGGCACGACCGACAGCGAGAAGCCCCUCCUACCUCCUCUGGGGCCCAGUCCUCUACCAAUCAACCCCUAAUCCAGAGCCCUCCAGAGAUUGUGAUUUCAUCCAAAGAAGAUUCGCCGUACCCCAGAGCAGGCUAUGACAUCAGUGACUCCACUUCCAACCAGAUGUCCAUCUACCACCAGAACCACGCGCUGGUGGAGAACAGGCCGGUGCAGCCCGGGAGGGGCAGCAGGCAGGGCGCGGUCAGCGCGGUGGGCACCGGGGCCAGGGGCAGCACCUCCAAGGCCUCCAAACGGAAGAACCAGAACAUUGGCUAUAAACUGGGGCAUCGCAGGGCGCUGUUCGAGAAGAGGAAGAGGCUGAGCGACUAUGCCCUCAUCUUCGGGAUGUUUGGCAUCGUCGUCAUGGUGAUAGAGACGGAGCUGUCGUGGGGCGUGUACACCAAGAGCUCCAUGUAUUCUCUGGCCCUGAAGUGUCUGAUCAGCCUGUCCACAGUCAUCCUGCUGGGACUCAUCAUAGCCUACCAUGCACGGGAAGUUCAGCUGUUCGUCAUCGACAACGGAGCCGACGACUGGCGCAUCGCCAUGACCAUGGAGAGGGUUCUGCUCAUCUCUCUGGAGCUGCUAGUGUCCGCGGUGCAUCCAGUGCCGGGGGACUUUAAGUUCCAGUGGCGGGCGCGGCUGGCCUUCUCGUACGCGCCGUCGCAGGCCGAGGCCGACCUGGACAUGGUGCUGAGCGUACCCAUGUUCCUGCGCCUCUACCUCAUCGCCAGGGUCAUGCUUCUGCAUAGCAAACUCUUCACCGACGCCUCCUCCAGGAGUAUAGGUGCCCUAAAUAAGGUGCAUUUUAACACACGGUUUGUAAUGAAAACCCUCAUGACCAUCUGCCCCGGGACGGUGCUGCUGGUCUUCAGCAUCUCUCUGUGGAUCAUCGCUGCCUGGACCGUACGAGUGUGCGAGAGGUAUCACGAUGCCCAGGAUGUGACCAGUAACUUCCUGGGAGCCAUGUGGCUUAUCUCCAUCACUUUCUUGUCCAUCGGCUAUGGAGACAUGGUUCCUCAUACCUACUGUGGAAAAGGAGUCUGUCUGCUCACGGGAAUCAUGGGCGCCGGCUGUACGGCUCUGGUGGUUGCCGUGGUAGCCAGGAAGCUGGAGCUGACCAAGGCAGAGAAACACGUACACAACUUCAUGAUGGACACGCAACUCACCAAGAGGAUAAAGAACGCAGCGGCUAACGUGCUGAGGGAAACCUGGCUCAUCUACAAACACACCAAGAUGGCGAAGAAGAUCGACCACUGCAGAGUCCGCAAACACCAGCGGAAGUUCCUCCAGGCUAUACAUCAAUUACGCAGUGUGAAAAUGGAGCAGAGGAAACUCAGUGAUCAGGCCAACACACUAGUGGACCUCUCAAAGAUGCAGAGCGUCAUGUAUGAGCUCAUGUCGGAGCUCAACGACCGCAGCGAGGACUUGGAACGCCAGAUGCUCUCCCUGGAGCAGCGGGUGGAGCAGCUCACCGCCGGCUUCAACACCCUGCCCGCCCACCUCUCGGCCACCCUCAGCGCCCAGCACGCCGCCCUGGUCCACUUGCUUCGAGAGAGGGAUUCCAGGGAUGGUAGAGGAGGAGGAGGUGGUGGUGGUGGAGGAGGUGCUGUGGUCCCACUGUCCCCGGCUGGGUCUUUAACCUCCGCUCCAGCUUCCGUUUCUCCAGUCCAGGUCGCACCUCUAGCGCUGCCCCCAUGCCAGGUCCCUACUUUGGCCUUAGAGUCACCUCUGUCGUCCCCACCUCAGAGCCCAGAUGGGAGCCUGGAUGCUAGUCCCAGUCCCAACACCUGCACUUCUAGCUGCUGAGGACAGCUCUGAGGACCAGGAGAGGACAAAUAUGGAAAGAAAACAGGGGAGAGAGUAGGGGGAGCAGAGAUAGUCCUCUCACUUCAGACUAAAGGAGAGGAACACGGAGGGAGGAGGAGAGAGAUGUGAGGUGAUCCUCCGAAACACCACGAGGGAGGGUUGAAGACGGGACUAUGAGGAGAAUAAUGGGAUUAAGAUGGAGGGCCAGCAUGAACGAUGAGACAUGUUAGGGACUUUGGGGCGCGUUCCUUAACGAAGGAAGGAAGGAAGGAGAAGAAAAAUGGAGACUCUGAAAGGUGUGAGAGGGAGGAAGAAUGUCAAGAGGGUGAGAAAUGGAGGUAGGGAGGAUGAGGAGGGGGAAGGAGAGAGAAGGAGAAAUAACGAGGAAUAAUUAUGUGAACUCAGAGCUCCUAAAUGGAAUCCACUCCAAUUACUGAAAAGGGCCUUUUAUUCUCUAUCUCUCUCUCUCUCUCUCUCUCUCUCUCUCUCUCUUUCUCUAUCUCUCUCUUUCCUUCCCUCUCUCCCAAUCUCUCUCUCCCUUCAUCAGGAAUUAAUGACCAUGACUUUUUAUCCUUAUGAUGUAUUUUCUAUCUGAAUGCUAAUUGUGUGUUAACGAGCAUCCCUUUAACAGAAGGUUCGAUCAAUACGACCAUGUUAUUUAAGAAAAAAAAAAAAAACUAGUGGCAUGUACUGCACACACACACACACACACACACAACUUAUAAUGACGCAUCAUCCACGCAAUACAAGUUAACACAGCACAAACAUAAAUCUUUCACAAUGCAGGCCCUAUUAGCACUCACACAAAGACGAUACUAAAGCCUAUACUGCCAAGCACUCGACGCACUGUCAAUCUCCACAGAGCACUGCCAAGCAAUGUAGACACACUGUAAAAAAUGUUCAUCCAAACGACUUAUCGUUUGUGGGUGAGAGCUAAUGCAUAGUUGUGACAUUUUAACUACUCAGCUGGGAGAAUCGUAACCGUUCACUGAACUACAUAAAUUACAGGCGAAGUUGAAAUAAGUCGGUAUGACACAGAGGGACAUGAGUCAUCAUAACGUCUGUUUGCAACGAAGAAGUCAAAACAAUGCAACACACCUACAACAGUACUUUAAUACUGCAUUUACUGAAUUACAGAUUGGGUUGAACUGAUGUUUACGUGUACUUGUAGGUUUGCUGUACUGAAAUUAGACUUUAAAGAGUUUAAUUUAUGUUAACGUUUCUUACGGGAAAAUUAUAGUUGUAUCAAGUGCAUUAAUACUGAAAUGGUUGUUGGGAGGAAUAAUACAUUACAACACAAAUAUUUAUUAAACUGGCAUUUCAAUCUGGUUGAUUAAUUUUGAAGAAACUGACUCUUCAUGGCCGAGUUUUGCACAAACUUAAUGCUCCACGUGUAUUAAGUGUACUGCAGAGAGGUAUAAUAACAGUCAAAACUAUCCAUCAAUAAUAAAUUAUCUGCUUUUUCUUUUACUUGUCUGAAGUCAGUGGAGUCAGAUUGGCUGGGAUGCUGUAGUAUCUAAUUGUUUUGCUUUAAUUCUCUGAAAAAUAUGUAUACUUAGAAUUACUGAAAAUUGAUUUUUACAUUAGUAAUUCAAUUGACUUUUAAGAAAUCCAACAAUUGUUUAGCUGUGUGAAUAUAAGUUGAUGUGAUUCAUAUUUUUUCACAGUGUACGGUCGUGUCUGUGACCCUUUAUGAAGGGAAGAAGACCUCACUCACUGCCAUUCUUUUUCAAGCUUGCAGUCCCAAAACAACGCACUGUUAUCAUGAAUGUAUUCUGUGUAAAGAAAUACACUCAAAACACUCUUUGCUUGCUCGAUCACUUAAACUGCCUUGCAGGAACAACAGGCACCCACACACACACGCACUCACACACAGAUAUACACACACCUCGACAACCAAAGUGCUCUCUCUUAAAUGGACUUCAAUAAGAGGCAGGGAACGCUGCUGUCACUGGGGACAAAAGAUAGCAGGAGGCGUUGCAGAUAUCUUGACAAUAUUUCUGAGGGAAUAACUGUGAAAAAUCUGGGCAUGGACUUGUUACAGUGCUGUACACGGACUGCUCUUCACUGCUUUAAAACCGUUAAAGGUGGACUAUGGAUGAACACAAGGGAACACAAAUAAACCUUAUAAAGGAUAAAUGGCCAUGAAGGAACAGCUGUUUAUGAAAUAAAUAAAACAUAGAAAGAUAGAUUAAGGUAUAUCUGAGAGGAAUUAUAAUGGUGUGAUGGGAAAAGAGACAAGCCUGCCCUUGCAUUGGAGACAAUAAUGAAAACUGUCUUAUAGCGACACGCUGUGGCCGGGAUACUGAACUACAUACGCUUGGAAUAUUGUAUAGUAUGCUGUUAACGAAAUCUAGCUUUGUAUUGCUUAGUCUUUUUCUACCAUUAUGAUUAAACGCAGUUAUAGCUGAUAUCUAAUAUUACUAAACUAUAGUAUUCUUCUCAUUCGUCAUGACAAUUCUGAUAUAUGUAUUAACAAUACGUUAAAUAAUUAUGAACAAGGAAAGUGCCGUUUGAGGUUGAAAUUAUUUUGUAAUUUUAUUUUAUCAGAGAGAAUUAAUAAAGUAUAUUAUCUAUAACA